AUAAACAAAUCUUUUAGAGUUGAACGAAAAAAAAAAUGGCCUCCUCAAAAUUCGUUCUUUUUGCUAUCCUAGCUCUGUCUCUUCUACUUUCCGGUACUGAAGCAAGAAAGACUGUGUGGCCUAGCAGCGAAUUAGACCCAAAGUGUUGCAGCCAUCAGCCAGAAUUUGGUAAAUGUGAAACAAAAGAAGAUGACCAAAAAUGCACUCAGAUGUGCCUUGAUGGUUGUGCCACUAACAAAGGUGGUGGCUGUCAACCUAUUACUGAAGCCCCUGGUGCUGUUUGUUCUUGUUAUUGCGCUUAACUCUUCUUCUUGGCUUUAUUGAUUCAUAAGUAAAAAAGUUUAUUUUUG